AUGGUUCUACCUUCAACGAUUCUGACAAGACAUGCGGUGGUGAGUGGUGGAGUGUGGGUGAGUGGUGGAGUGUGGGUGAGUGGUGGAGUGUGGGUGAGUGGUGGAGUGUGGGUGAGUGGUGGAGUGUGGGUGAGUGGUGGAGUGUGGGUGAGUGGUGGAGUGUGGGUGAGUGGUGGAGUGUGGGUGAGUGGUGGAGUGUGGGUGAGUGGUGGAGUGUGGGUGAGUGCUGGAGUGUGGGUGAGUGCUGGAGUGUGGGUGAGUGCUGGAGUGUGGGUGAGUGGUGGAGUGUGGGUGAGUGGUGGAGUGUGGGUGAGUGCUGGAGUGUGGGUGAGUGGUGGAGUGUGGGUGAGUGGUGGAGUGUGGGUGAGUGCUGGAGGAGGUGCUACGGUGAGUGCUGCUACGGUGAGUGCUGCUACGGUGAGUGCUGCUAUGGUGAGUGCUGGUGUGGUGAGUGCUGCUACGGUGAGUGCUGCUGCUACAGUGAGUGCUGCUCUGCAGACGUGCUAUUCCACUAACAAGUUGGGUUACUUAUUUCUUCUCCUCACUCCUCCCCGCACCUUCCCCUCUGCCUACUCCCUCCCUCUUCCUUCCUCUCUGCCGCCACCAACAACGCGAUGCUUCCAAACCCCCAUCAUCCUCUCCAAACCCUCACCUCAACGGCCACGGUACGGCAUUGUGGGACCAACCAACCAUCGGUUGUGGCACGGCACCAACCAUUUUGUCAACGAUCACGGCAACCAACGCUCAGGCCCGUUCCUCCGGACGGCGGUGCAGCUGCAGGAGACGGUCCUCGGCUAUGAGGAGAGCCUAGGCUUCAAGACCUCGGUGCCAGCCGAGCGAGCCAGUGGCACCACCACGUGUAGCGACCUGACCUUCAGCUUCAGCGUUGGCGGCGACACCAAGAUCACCAUCGUGUGGAACGACUCUGCCGUUGCUGCGGCUGGCAUCGGCAUGUGCAAGAGCGUGACGUUCCACGACGACCCGGGCUGUGCGGACAAGCCGGGGCUGACGAUCGCGCGGCCUGCGAGGGUUGGCCGCUUCUACCCUGUCACGGAAAGGUCCACGUGUCACAAGGAUUGCGGAACUGCUGAGUGCGUUGUGAAGGAGGGCAAGCCCCAGUGCAAGUGCCCCUGGGGCUUCGCGUUCAUUGAGGCUGAGAGAACCUGCAACAACAAGUCUUUCACUCCUGAAUCAGACCCGUGCAAGGCAGGAACAGUGAAGUGUGGCAAGAACUCGAAAUGCGUUGUGAAGAACGGGCACGGGAUGUGCGAGUGUGACGCCGGCUACACCAAGAAGAACGGCCUCUGCACUGCCAUAUGCAACCCAGCCUGCCCUGUUAAUGCCCAGUGCACGGUGGUGGGAGGGAAUCCGGUGUGUCGGUGCAAGCAAGGUUUCAAACUGGAGAAGAGCAAGUGCAUACCCUUCUUUUCCCCGCUCAUCCUCCAUUCCUUCCGUCCCUUACAACCCCCCUUUUUCCAUGUGGCAGCCGUAUGCCAGGGUGGUUGCCCUGCUAAUGCGCAGUGCAGGGUGGUGGGAGGAAGGGCGGAGUGUCAGUGCAACGCAGGGUUCCAAGUGCAGAACAACAAGUGCACACCCGUAUGCCAGGGUGGUUGCCCUGCUAAUGCGCAGUGCAGGGUGGUGGGAGGAAGGGCGGAGUGUCAGUGCAACGCGGGGUUCCAAGUGCAGAACAACAAGUGCACACCCGUAUGCCAGGGUGGCUGCCCUGCUAAUGCGCAGUGCAAGGUGGUGGGAGGCAAGGCAGCAUGUCAGUGCAAGGCAGGGUUCCGAAUGGAGAGCAACAAGUGCACACCCGUAUGCCAGGGUGGCUGCCCUGCUAAUGCGCAGUGCAAGGUGGUGGGAGGCAAGGCGGCAUGUCAGUGCAAGGCAGGGUUCCGAAUGGAGAGCAACAAGUGCAUACCCGUAUGCCAGCCUAGCUGCCCUGCUAAUGCCCAGUGCAAGGCGGUGGGAGGAAAGGCGGCAUGUCAGUGCAAGUCAGGAUUCCGAAUGGAGAACAACAAGUGCACACGUAAGGGAGAGAAAGCCAAGUAUCUUCGCUCAUUUAGCAGCUGCCUGCCACAGCUCGGCUGA